AUGGACAGAUUCUCCCUGACAGGCCGUGUAGCCCUCGUGACCGGAGGUGCGCGAGGAUGCGGACUUGCAUUUGCAGAAGGCCUUGCCCAAGCCGGCGCCUCAGUAGCCAUCUUCGAUGUGAUUCCCCCGGUCCCAGCAUUCUUCGAGAUCGAGAAGAACUUCGGGGUGAAGACGGCACAUUACCUUGUCGACGUGAGCAACACCGAGAGUCUCGAGAAGGGAUUCGCGGACUUCGUCAAGGAUUUUGACGGAAAGUUGGAUAUCUGCGUCCCCUGCGCAGGCAUCAACCGCAACCUCGGCUUUCUCGAGACCCCAGUUGAAGAGUAUGAUAAGCUCAUCGGUGUGAACGUUAAGGGGGUGUACUAUACAGCCCAGCUUGCGGCGAAGCAGAUGAUUGCCAACGGCACGAAAAAGGGGAGUAUUAUUCUCGUGGCGAGCAUUGCGAGUUACAUGGCUAUUCGAAGCCAGCUGAGCAGCGCUUACUGCGGCACGAAGGGGGCCGUGAGAGCCAUGUGCCCGGCGAUUGCUGCCGAGCUGGUGAAAUAUGGAAUUCGUGUGAACUCCAUUUCCCCUGGCUAUGUGAAGACGGAGAUGACUGCGCCAUUCCCGCACCUGUUGGAGAGCUGGAAGGAUGAGAUUAUGAAUGGAAGAGUAGCAACGCCGGAUGAUAUUCGUGGCGGGUGUGUGUUUUUGGCAAGUGAUGCCAGCUCGUAUAUGACAGGACAGGAUCUCCGUAUCGAUGGUGGGGUAACGAAAUGGUGA